GUUUACGACUAGAAAACGAUAUAAAUAUGAUUAAUUCCGAUGUACUUGAGACGAAUUCCCGACAUGAACUCCAUAUUCGUAGUUGCUCUGACAAUUCUACUCUUAGGAGUAGCAAGAAGCGAGUUGAGAGAUGGUUAUCCUUUAGCUUCAAAUGGUUGCAAAUUUGGAUGCAGUGGAUUAGGUGAGAACAAUCCAACUUGUAAUGAAGUUUGUGAAAAGAAAGCCGGAAGUGACUACGGUUAUUGCUAUUGGUGGACAUGUUACUGCCAACAUGUUGCCGAAGGUACUGUACUUUGGGGAGAUUCUGGUACCGGUCCUUGCAAGAGUUAAAGAUAGUCCUUCGGGCACAAGGUGUAUCGAA